AUGGCGCUGCGUGGAAAAGUCAUUGAACUGUAUAAGAACUUGUACCAUAUGGGAAAGGAAUACCCGAAAGGGGCCGAUUGGUUCCAUCAAAGACUCAAAAUGGCAUUUUUGAAAAAUAGGACUGAAACUGAUCCAAAGAAAAUCGAAGAGUUAAUUGAGAGAGGAAAUUUCGUUAUAAGAGAAAUCGAAGCGCUUUACAAAUUGAGAAAGUAUCGAGCAAUGAAACAAAGAUACUACGAAGUGGAUGAGAAAGUGAGUGCAGCAACAAAAAAAUUCGAAGACGACGUUAACAAAAACAAAAAAUUCUAG